UGACUUUGGACUAGAGACACAAGCAUCCCCUCUUACAAAUGAAGAAUUUGCAGGCCUAUCUAAUCUAAGGUUCCUUCAAAUGGACUAUGCAAACCUGGAUAGAGAUUUUAAGUGCCUUCUUUUAAAGUUAAGAUGGCUUCGUUGGAAUGCAUGCCCUCCCAUUUUUAGACCAACCAAUUUUCAUCUAAAGGAUCUGGUCAUUAUUGAUUUAUCAUGGAGCAAGGUCACAGAAGCCUGGGAGGGUUGGAAUCAUAUCAAGAUUGCAAGAAAGUUGAAAGUCCUAAAUCUCACAGGUUGCGGUUACAUGGUUAGAACUCCUGACUUCUCUGCAUAUAUAACUUUAGAAAGAUUGAUUCUUGAAGAUUGUGAGAAUUUGGUUCAUAUCGACCCAUCAAUUGGGUGUCUCAAGAGUCUAGCUUUCUUAAAUGUGAAGAAUUGUGCUAAACUUAAGAGGCUGCCUCUGGAAUUUGAUUCUGUGGAAGGUUUAACAGAGCUGCACAUUGAUGGCACUUCUAUACAAGAAGUCCCUAUUGGUAGAGGUGCUAUGAAGAAGCUUGAAAUUCUUAGUGCCACUUGUUGUGGGUCAUUAACUCAAAUUUCUACCUCUAUCAACCAUCUAAAAUCUCUUUCAGACCUCACAUUUGAUUUUACAAGUAUUACUCAACUACCAGACUCAAUUGGCUCGCUAGUGAAAUUGCGAUACUUGUCACUAAGGUAUUGUUCACAAUUAAAAGAACUUCCAGACUCCAUUGGGAAAUUGGAAUCAUUAAUUGAGCUGCGCUUAUUUGCAGCAAAAUUUAGCGAUUUACUUGAUACUAUUGGCAACCUAAAAAGUUUGAAAGUUCUUGAGAUUGAUCAUUCUUCAAUAAUGAAGUUACCUAGUACCAUCGGAAUGUUACUGAAACUUGAAGAGUUACAUGCCUCGCAUUGUUACUGUUGAAACACUUAUAUGUAUAUAUGUAUUUAGGCUGGGGUCUUAUGGUAAUUAGAUAUAGGGUUUGUGGCUGUUAUGUAAUUAAGCCUUUAUUGUAUUGUAUAUAAUACCCCUUAUGUUUUAGGGUUAGAAUAUAUGAAAAUGAGAAAUGUGUUUUGCUCUCUCCCUCUUACGGUCUCUCUCUCUCUCACUCUCUGUAUAUCCUCGUACAAAUCUUCAUUUCUACAUGGUAUCAGAGCAGAUCAAAAUUAUGAGGGUGGGAAAUUGCAAUCGUAUUGUUCCUGUAUAGAUUUGUAGAUCUGUUCAGAUCUCACGACGGUGGUGUUGUUGCCGUUUUUUGGUUGUCAACGAACUCGCUGCCUUCCCUCGUUGUCGCUGCUCCCCAUCUUCUCUCGUCGUUGCUAGUUGCUUGGUCUCAGAUCUGAAACCCAGUUUUGUUACUUGCCGCCUUCUCUUGCCGUCGCUGCUUGCUGCUUGGUCACCGGCGGCUGUCAUCGUCAUUUGCUGCUCGUUGUUUGGUCACCGACGGCUGUCGCGAGGUGCAUCGCUGCUUGUUUAUUCCAUCGUCGUUGCCGCUGC